CUGUUCGCCUCGGCAGAGGGCGAGGAGGAAGGAGCAGGCACGGUCCCGCACUACGAAUACGUAAUCAUAGGCCCCGCGCCACAGGCUAUAGAGCGCAGCGAGCUCAAGCAUUACGAUGAGGUCAAGGACGCUCUCGAUGAGAAGAUGGCGGCCGAGCUGGGAUUCACGAUCGACGUGACCGACCUGAGCCAAUCGGGUAUGGCCGUCAAUCAGUUGAUCCAGUUGUCCGCCGCCGGCGGCGACCCGAUCCACAUCGUCCAGGGCACGGGUGAAAUGGGCGGCGCCACCGAGUGGGCGCCGAUGUGGAUCCCGGUGGAAGGUCUCGUGGAAGAGCAUGCGCCGGACUACCUGGAGCUGGUGAAUGACUACAAUCCGCUGCUGCUGGAGACGUUCAGCGACAAGGACGGCAACCUUGCCGGCCUUCCCCACCUGGUCCGCAUGCGGGGGCUGAUCUACCUGUUCAACCAGGACCUGGUCGACAAGCUGGGAGUCGAGCUGCCGCCGCUGCCGGAGGGCAGGUUCGACCUGACGUUCGAUCACCUGGAGCAGUUGGGAGAGGCGUUCAACCGCGAAGUGCCCGGCGGCAUGGGCAUCAUGUGGUACCAUACCUUCAAGACCUUCCUGUGCGCCUUCGAAGACAAUAUCUCCAUGUCGAACUGGAACCCCCAAGGAUACGUGAACUAUUUUGACCAGGAGGAGGGGAUCUGGAAGGAUUGGGUCGAUUCCGAGUACUACGAGGACUCGGUCAGGCUGUUCGACAAGUUCCUGAAGAAGGGAUACUACUGGCACAGCCUCGCCGAGCCCGCGGGAACGGAGCGGGACCGGGGUUUCAUCAACGGUACCAUUCUGGGGAGAGACGGCCAGGGCUGGUACGGAGGCAACCCGACCUACAAGGAAUGGAUCAACGAAGAUCCGGCCAACGAAACCAAGAUCCUGGUCUACGGUGUGGCUUCGAAGAAACAACCUAUCUGGAGCGCCGGAUUCAGGGGACUGUUCUUCACCAAGCGGAACACGCAGGAGCAGCUCGAAAAGUACCUGCAGUUCAUCAACUGA